UGUAAAGCCUCAGUAUCAUUUGUCAGUGGCUUUUCACACUCACUCUCCCUCAAAUGGCUUGAGACUUGUCCGCUUCGCGAGGAUAUUUUGGUCAUUCAACUCCGGCUGAGAGCUGUUUGGUUGCUCUAUUAUUACCGGAUUCUCCAGUGCGUUUAUCGGUUCUGAUGGCGGAGGGCUAGGGUUUAGAGAGGUUUCAGAGAUGGAUAGUUCAUGGAAGGUCAAAUUUGGCUCAACAUUGCAGUCGUCGAUGCCAGCCCUGGCUUCUUCGACAUCUCGUGAAGCUCGAGAUCAGAUGGAGAUUAUUUCAAGUCAGUAUGUUUAUUCACAUGCUGGACAAGACUUGAGAUCGCAAAUGCAUGCAAAGAUGCCCAAUCCAUCAUUUCCCAACAUUGCUAAUUUAAGUUCCUGCAGCUCAAGUCAUACCGACUUAGGCAGUUCAUUUGUAGCUCUCCUAUCUGGGCCUGCUUCUUUUUUGCAUUUUGAUUUCCAGGGAUUAUCAAAUCCAAAACCAUUCAGUAGCUCUAGUAAACUGCCUAUUGAAAUUGGCAAUAUAACUGUUAGUCCUACUGGAAGUCAGGUUCCUGUGACAUCUAGUGGACUACUAUCAGAAAAUGGAAGCUAUCAAAACCUGCGAAGUGGAGCUGAUCUUUGUUCAAUUGUUUCAUCACGGACAAUGGCUAGUUCCAAUUCUGUGUUUCAACAUGGUCUUCUGCCUGCAAACAUUUCUCUUAAGGGUUCAGGCCUUACUAAAACUGUCAGUCAUCAAGCUGUUCUCGGUAAUGAGAAAAUAAAAGAUUUUGCUUCUCUGAGAGGGGAAUGGCAUGGCAUGCCCCUUGCAGAUGCUGUAAAACUCCAGAAUGUGAAUAAUCUAAUACCACAAAGAUUUCCAGUAGAAGCAGAGUCCUCUGCUUUAAGCGUUUCUUCUACUUCUACAAGUGGUUGCCCUCGCGUGUUUUGCUUGGAUAGAAGUGGAGAUCUACUGCUUAGCAAUACAGGACUUCUAGGCAUUCUUUGCUCAUGCCAUUGCUUCCACAUGUCUGUCGCUAAGUUCUGUGAGCACUCUGGAGUACUCAAUGUUAACCCUGGGGAUGCUGUUCGUAUGGACAGUGGAGAGACAAUUGCUCAGUGGCGUAAGCUGUAUUUCCAGAAAUUUGGGAUUAGGGUUCCAGAAGAUCAGAGUGGGUGGGACUGGCCGGAAGGAUUACCAUUGACUGCUAGUUUAGUGAAAUCUGGUGUGACUAUGUCCAACAUUGUGAAGAAUUCUGAUUGCAGUAAUCUGGUUGGUGCAUCUGGAGGGUCUGUAAGAUCUGGGCAGUCUUUGGGUGAUGUUUUUCCAGCGAACUUUCUCGCAGACCAUAAUUCCGUCAUUGAUGCUUUACAUGAUAAACAACAGAGAAAUGGUCAGGACAGUAACAAAUUUUAUCUCAAAGGUUUAGUGGCCAGCUCACAGAGCAAUUCGUGCAGCGUGGGUGAUAACCAUAUGACUGAUUGCUCCAUCUCUAGGUGCAUGACGAUGCCAGAGUUAGCUGGCAGAGGACCGGAAAAUAUAUCUCAGUCCAUAUAUAUUGAUGCUGUUCUGAAGAGUAGAAGUUUGGCUGCUAUGAACCAGACCCUGCAAAAUCACAGAAUCACUGUUAAUGAUUCAGAUGUUAGCAGAAGUAGAGAUGCAAGGGGUGGCACUAAUAUGGACAAAGAUGCUUCUUCCUCUGGCAUAGAGUUGAAGCUUGGACAACCAUAUCAGCAGAGUCAGGCUCCAAGAACUCCAGUUUCACCAGUAGUAGGACAAUUCUGCAACACGCUUGUCAAUUCACAGAGGCCAUUUUGCCAAGAGCAGAUGAUUCAUAAUGUAACCAGUUGUAGAGGAGAGGAGGAAUCUGGAAUAUUUCUUCCCUGUCCGGUUGGCCUGUCCAAUUUCACCUCAAGAAGGGAACAAGAGCAGUUGAAUUAUGGGAACUGUGUGAACAACAAUAUGAUGAAUGCUGCUAAAUCAGAACUACUUGGGGGCAAUGUGGCUAAGCCUUCAGUUGUUUCACUAUUUAAACAUUGCAAUUUGCCUGAGGGGAGUUCUCAUUCUAUGACAACUAGUAAUUUGUUCAAUGUUGGCGAGCAUGUGAGACUUGGCACAAAGCAGUGUGAAUCUCAUGCUGUCAAAGCCUGGAACAGUGGCAAUGGGAUAGAUAGGCAAAAUAUGGUACCUCAGUCAGGUUUUCUCAAACCUGCAGACAAGGGUAAAGGGGUGGAAGGCCUUGGUAAGUCUUAUACUGAAACAACUUUGGGUUCUAAAAUGCAUAACCACGCAGAAAACCCUAGCUCCUCUACUGGAGUUGUAGCUGGAAACAGCUAUUCUGUCUUUCCACACGCUCAUGACAAAAACCGCUAUUCACAUUACUCUCCUAAUGUGCUACCAGAUGCAUCAGAUGCUGGAAACUUUUCCAACUACCUUGAGAAUGUUCCUUGUUUUGGAAGCAGUGGACCUGCAGAUCAUGUUUUCCUUAGGUCUAUGGGGUCAACCAUGGCUUCUAGGCAACUUCUAUCAUCAUCGGCAGUUCCAUUAGACUCUAACUUGUCCAGUUCAACUGCCAUUCCAGGGCUGACUCCAGCGAUGCCAAAUCAAGAAAGUAUUGGUAUUCCUCACUUGCUUGAUGAUAAUUUAAGAUGGCUUGCAUUGGGGCAGAUAUUGGAGUUAUCCAAGCAACAACAUGCAUUGGCUUCCCUUGGAAAGAACCUAGAACAGGGAAAAUGUAGUAAUUCUUCUGAUGUCAAAGUACAGCAUUCUUUUGUGGAACCAUCAAUGGCUAAAGAGCAAAUGCCAGCACAUAACUUAAACUGGAAGCAGGGCAUCUCUGAAGUUGCCCUGAAAUCAGACCAAUCUGGUCCUACUAGUAAGAUGGUAAAUGAUAAUGAAUUCUCAUCUGUGACAGGUUUGAACAGGUGGUGCAAGUUCUCAACAUUUACACAAGGAAUGUCAUUACACUGUAAAGAAAUUGGCAUGCAUUGCCAAUCUUCUCACUCUCCUCUUCAAAAUGAGCAGCCGUUGUUGAGGCUUGGUAGAUGUCAAAACAAUACCCCUCAUUCAAAUGAACAUGAAAGCUGCUGCCCGAGAACACUCUAUUUUCAGUACAACUGCAGCUGUCCAGCCCAUAAUUGUAUAGGAGGGCAAUGCAAUUUUGGAGUUGGAAAUCCUCCUAAUUCCGUAAGAGAAGAAACUGGAAGUGUCAGUUGCAAAACCCCAAUGAUAAUUGCUUCACAGUUUGCUAAAGAUCAUGUUAAUCCAAAAGAAAAUGCAGUGUCUGAUCAAUAUGGAAACUUAAGGGGGCAACUAUCUAGGAAAAUUAGUUUUUGUGCUUCUCAGUGGAAAGAUGUGCCAAGCAAGGUAAAAAGGGUUCCUGAGGUGGCAUGUGUAAAAGCAUCCCCAGAUGCUUUGUAUGAAAGAGGACAUGAAUUAAGACAACUUGAAGAUAAUGCUGCUAAGUGUUCAAAUGGAGCAGUUCAUAGAGCAGACUCCUUGAAAAAGCAAGACAUAUCAAAUAUAUCUUCUGGUUGCUCAACUCCUGCUGUUACUCAGGCAUCAAUUGAGGUUACCGAUGUUGAUUCUUCAACUGUUGGGAAUAAUGAAUAUGCAAACAAUCUUGUAAUUGAUGAAGGAUCAGGUAUUGAUAAAUGCUGGUCAUCUGAUGAUGCCUUUGAAAGUGACAGAACUGCCGACUUUUGUGGUGCUAGUUAUAAGACCAACCUGAGAAAAGAGGGAUCUCAUAAAGUUUUUGGCACUAAAUCAUCCCGUAGUCUUCUUGAUGAGGUUAAGCUCAUGGAUUCCCUCACAUGGAAGAGAGGACGAAAUCAAAAACAGUGCGGGACCACUGAUUGUGGUAAAACCAAUCAGUCACAAGAGUCUGAGAAGGGCAUGAAAACUGGGAAGAGAAAGAGAGAAAUAGAAUUGAAGAUGUUGGAUGCACCAUUAUGUACUAAAGUUCCUGUAGUGCAUUGCAAAAGUCUUGAGUGUGAUGUGACUGUUGACAGGCCUUUUUUAUCCAAUAAUGUGCAAUUGGUUUCAUCUGGCCUAGACUCAUCUUGGACAUCUGGUGCUUCUUUCAAAACCGAUCUCAAGCAUGGGAACUCUGCAUUAUCUGUCACCAAAACACUCUCUUGUAAAAGAGAUCUUUGCAGAUUUUACAAUGCAGGGGAUGGGCAUGAUCAUGGCACAGAAAGCAAUCAUAAUGACAACUCUUGUAAUAUGAUUGGGAUCUCAGGCAGAAAGAAAUUCAGAAGGACUCGGACUGCUGACAUUUGUAUGCCGUUUCAGAUGCAAGAAUUAACUCAGGCAGUAGGUGAAAAAAUUUUGAAGAAUGAUACAGUGAGUUGGAUCAAGCCAUCUUCAAGUCGGCAGGUGAAUCUUUGUUAUAGGAAGGCAAAGCCUGUUGUAUGUGGGAAGUAUGGUGAAAUAUCCAAUGGACAUGUGACUGGAGAAGUGACAAAACCAGUUAAAAUAUUUCCUCUUGAUAAGAUUCUUAAAACUGCCAGAAGAUGUUCUCUCCCUAAAAAUUGUAAACCUGGACUAACCUCCUCAAGGGGGUGGAAGAGAACAAAUUUCAGAUGGAAUAAUGUUUGCUCCGAUAAGUUCUUCAAUUUGGCAAAAGAGAAAGAAAAUAACAGAAAUGAUGGGUUGAUAUGUGAAGAGAUGAAUGUUGACCCUUCCUUGAAAGAAGCAUUUUUGAGUGGGGAUGAGCAAUCUGCUGAUGAAUUUUCAAUACUGGAGAAGAGAGAAGAUAAAAAUGAGAAAGGUGAUGACCCACUGGACAGUAGUUCUCAUGUUCAGACAAAACCCAAGUAUAAAGAAACUCGCAAGCGCAGCCUUUAUGAGUUAACAUUAAAAGGAAAGAGUCCUAGUCCUAAAAUGAUUUCCCAAAGGAAAAUUUUCAAAUGUGAGCCGAAAAUGAAAUUGCAAAAGAACCUAAAGAAUUCUAAUAGAAGUCAAGUUCGUGGAUCAUGGAAAGUUGAUGCCAAAAGACAUGUUAGAAAGCAGAAACACCCAUCUGUUACAGACAUGGAUUCAUUCUGCUGUGUUUGUGGAAGCUCAAACAAAGAUGAAGUUAAUGAUUUAUUGGAGUGUGGGCAAUGCUCAAUCAGAGUUCACCAAGCUUGUUAUGGCGUUUCCAAAGUGCCUAAAGGCCUCUGGUACUGCAGACCUUGCAAGACAAAUUCUAAAAAUAUUGUUUGUGUUCUUUGUGGUUAUGGUGGUGGGGCUAUGACUCAAGCACUUAGGAGCCGUACAAUUGUGAAAACCCUUUUAAAAGCUUGGAACCUUGAAACAGAAUGCAGGCAAUUGAAUUCAAUUCCUUCUGCUGAAAUUGUGCAGGAAGAAUUCAACAUUUUGCAUUCCUCAGGAUCUAUACCAGAAAAUAGUCCAUAUGCUGUUGUAAGACCCACAAAUAUUGAGCCAUCAACUUCAACCAUUUGCAAUAUGGAUGUGCAGAACCAAUCUGAUAUAUUACAAAGUUCAUUGUGCCGUGUUAGUAAUCUAAAAGUGCAUACUAGUAUUACAGCAGGAGUACUUGAUUCAAAUGUUAAGCAGUGGGUUCACAUGGUUUGUGGCCUGUGGACUCCUGGAACACGAUGUCCAAAUGUGGAUACCAUGAGUGCUUUUGAUGUCUCAGGCAUUUCACGUCCUAAAACAAAUGCGGUAUGCUCUGUGUGUAAUCGACCAGGUGGUUCAUGUAUACAGUGUAGGGUUGAAAAUUGCUCUGUUCAGUUUCAUCCUUGGUGCGCUCAUCAGAAGGGUCUGCUGCAAAGCGAGGCUGAAGGCGUCGAUAAUGAAAAUGUUGGCUUUUAUGGAAGAUGUGAACUUCAUGCAACAUACACAGCAAGUCAAUUGACAUGUGAUGUUGAUGACAUUGAAGCAGGUUGUACAGGAGAAAGCUGUGCCAGGACUGAGGGAUAUAAGGGUCGCAAACGUGAUGGCUUCUGGCAUAGUAUUAAUUGGCAAUCAAAAGGAAAGGGUGGAUGCCUUGUUCCUCAGGAGCAGUUAAAUGCUUGGAUUCACAUUAAUGGACAGAAAUCUUGUUCACAAGGCCUUUUGAAGCUGCCAAUUUCAGAAAAGGAAUAUGACUGCCGGAAAGAAUAUGCCCGCUACAAACAAUUGAAGGGUUGGAAACAUUUGGUUGUUUACAAGUCUGGCAUACAUGCCCUUGGCCUUUACACAUCUCGGUUUAUUUGUCGUGGUGAAAUGGUGGUUGAGUAUGUUGGUGAGAUAGUUGGGCAACGUGUGGCUGAUAAAAGAGAGAACGAGUAUCAGUGUGGAAGGAAACUGCAGUACAAGAGCGCCUGCUAUUUCUUCAGGAUAGAUAAAGAACAUAUUAUUGAUGCGACCCAAAAGGGGGGAAUUGCUCGUUUUGUCAAUCAUUCUUGUCUGCCAAACUGCGUAGCUAAAGUUAUUUCAGUUAGGACAGAAAAGAAGGUAGUCUUUUUCGCUGAGAGAGACAUAUAUCCUGGGGAAGAGAUAACGUACGACUACCAUUUUAACCAUGAAGAUGAAGGAAAGAAGAUCCCUUGUUUUUGCAAUUCAAAAAAUUGCAGGCGCUAUUUGAAUUAAUAGGCAUUUUCGACUCCCUUGUAAAUACAUCAUUUUUGUAACACCAACGAUUCAAUUCGGUUGUUAAUUUUAGGCCUCUGUCAAUACGAAAUAUCUCCGGAGUCGGGACCUUGUUCUAAAAUUUUGUUUCUGUGUAUUAUAUGUAAGUUCAAGCAAUUAUGAGUCGGAUCUAUUCCUGUCACAUUAUGGUAGGUUGCAGGUUAAUAUUUACGAGACAAUCAUAAGCACUUCAUAUUUUUUAAAGUUACAAGAAAAGUACAUAAAAUAAUACAUGCAUUAUAAUUAUCUA